UAACUGCUACGGAAAAAUUCUGAAUAUAUUAUAGAGAGUGAGACGGAAGAAGGAGGACGACGAGAGAGAGUAAAUAAGCAGAGGAGGAGGAAGAAGCAUGAAUCAGCCUCCGGAGAACGAAGUUUGUUCGAUAUGCCAUGGCCAUUUCAGUGCUCCUUGCCAAGCUAAUUGCUCCCACUGGUUCUGCGGGAACUGCAUCAUGCUUGUUUGGAGGCAUGGAUCUACAUUACGCCCAUGCAAAUGUCCUCUGUGUCGUCGUCCAAUUAGCUUGCUGGUUCCUUCAGAGGAAACGUUGAGAGGCCCGAGUGACACGGCAGUUUCCGAGGUUCUUCGCGAUGUUGAAACUUACAACCGAGUCUUUGGUGGACAGUCAAGUGGUCUGGUUCAGAGGAUGCGAGACCUUCCUUUCUUACUCCGAAGGCUGUUGCGAGAAAUGUUGGAUCCACGAAGAACGCUUCCACUCGUCAUCAGAGCUCGUGUUUACAUUGCGUUGAUACUCAGUGCAAUCUACAUAAUCAGCCCAAUCGAUAUCAUUCCAGAAGGAUUCUUGGGGAUUAUCGGUCUUUUAGAUGAUCUGCUCAUAGCCUUGAUUUGUUUCCUCCAUGUUGCUGCUCUCUACCGAUCCGUUCUCUAUUUCCGUCAUGGUGGUUCUGGUUCAUGAAUCUCUUUUCACACCAUUACAGUUGAGCUGAAGACUUAAGAUCAAAUAAAAACAUUUCUUUCAUUUCAGUAGUGGAAUGUACUUAUUUUCUUGAUUAGCAAAAAAAUAUUAGAAGAAAGUAUGUACAGAUUUUUUUUUCUCUCAAAUUUCUCAAGAAACCCAAUUUCAUUACUUCCGCCUAGACAGGACUCGCAUCGCCGGAUCGAAGGUACGAACGUUCACCGACAUUGUUCUUUCCAGUGAAUAACCGAUUAAACGGUGACCUGAUUGCUAGAAGCAAACCUUUAGCGGGACCAGCACGCUCCUGGUAAUUACCGUUGCCGUCGAUAACAGGAGACUGGAUGGAACCGGUCCGGUAUGGAGGAGUCAUAGAGAACGGUCUUCGGUCGAACCGACCGUCUUGAUCAAACCGUUCAAAGUAGAAAUAGUUUCUUUCUGUCCCUAGGCUUCCAGUUCUGUACCCUUGUAUCGAGCUCCUCUCUUGAGGUAACGCCACAUGGCCUUUUGACCCUUGGCUCACCAGCUGAUCGUGAAUCUCUUGGGGUAAUCUUAGCGUGAACCGGUCUAGAUUUUCCCCUGGUUGACCGGUCGAACUUGACCGGCUGAACAAUCCGGCUAAUUUCCACCCGGUAGACAUGGAUUUACGAGGCAUGCUCUGGUUACCUGUCCAAGCCACUGAGUCAAUCAUCCGCUCGUCCGGAGAACUCAAAAUGCUUCUCCGGCUAUCAUCAAUCGGCGUCCGGGGAGAGUUAUGACCGGUUUCUCUGGCUAAGCCGGGUACCUCGAAAGAAACAGACUCACCCGGUACAGGCACCAGAUCGGCGCGGCAGAGAGGACACGUGGCUUGAGAACGUAGCCAGGCAUCUAUGCAACCAGGAUGGAACACGUGGCAACAUUGAGGAAUCAAACGAAGCGUUUCGUCGUCCUCGAACUCAUUGAGGCAAACGGGGCACUCCAACGCUUCUUUGCCGAUUCUCAACGUCUUCACGGUGGAGUAACGAAACGUGGGGAACGUUUCUAUGACAGACUCGUCGAGCCCACGCGCCGUCUGUCUCACGUUAUUCCAGUUUCCCGGGUCACCAGGUCGAUCAUCGUUGAACCCUAGAGUUUGCUCGAGACACCUUCGCAUGUAGACGGAGACACAUCCAAGUGCGAAGAAAACGCUGACCAGCACGAUCAUGACUAUACCCGUGGUUGAAGAGAACCCUGACCGUUCAUCUUCAGAAGGGCUGUUUUGAGCGGCGACGAGCCGUAGCAGUAACAAGAAAGAAGAGUAGAAGCUUAAUCGUGAUAUGACCACCAUCGAUUGUGCCAAAUGGUUUAACGAUAUGACGUUCGAGAUAAGUAAUUCAACCUUCGAGUUUCAUGAGGACCUAUACUUCGCCGUUAUGGUUUCCCGGGGAGUGAGUUUUUUUUUUAUUAUAAAAACAAAAGCCUUGUCUUUUUUCUUUUUGUCAUUUUUUGGCUUCAAAAGAAAACAAACAAAAGUGAUGGGAAGAUCAUAGUCGGAGAUGGUAUGAUAAGAACGUGUGGUACUGAUACAAUAAUUAAGAGGACGCUUUGCUUGAUGACUACAAGAUGGUUGACUUUUGAGAUCGUACUAGAGGC